GGAAAGUGAAAAUUCUACUCUGACCACAUCGUAAGGUAUCAAUCCGUAAAGUAAAGGGCGGUGCACUAGUCCGUCUCCGUCCAUCACGCAUCGCUGCAUCUGAACCGUCAACUCAUAAUCUCCAGGUCAACCUCAUUGAUUCCUAUUUUAUUUGGGUGAUUAAUUAAAUAAUAGAAAAAUUCGAAAUAAAAGGUGGGCGGAGAUUAGCCAAGGGACGCAAAAGAGACUUCUCUUCUGUUUGUGUUAGGCCUGCCUGCCUGCCCAAUCCAAGAGAAAGCGGAGACGAUUCAGAGAAAAUGUCGGGUCAAGAGGAAGACAAGAAGCCUGCCGAUGCUUCCGCCCAUAUCAAUCUCAAAGUCAAAGGCCAGGAUGGGAAUGAAGUGUUUUUCAGGAUUAAGAGAAGCACACAGCUAAAGAAACUUAUGAACGCCUAUUGUGACCGGCAAUCUGUGGACUUCAAUUCUAUUGCUUUUCUGUUUGAUGGUCGUCGCCUCCGGGGGGAGCAAACCCCAGAUGAGCUGGAAAUGGAGGAUGGUGAUGAGAUAGACGCCAUGCUGCACCAGACUGGAGGUGCAGCUAUGUAAUUGAAUUCAUGGAAAGGCCUUGGGAUUGUAAUAUAGAUCAGAAUUCUAGACUUAUUUUAGCACAUGAGUUCUAGAUAAUCCCUAAAUUACUAGUUUUAUUGGGUUCUGAGAACAUAUUAUGAGCGACACAAUACUGUUGGAAUUUAAACUUUUUAAGCACUCACUCAGUGUUCUGUCGUGAUUACUGUUGUCCCAUUGCAGUCAUUCUGUUUCAGUUUGUUGGCUGCCUCAUUGUUUUCUCUUGGGAGGGUUAUGAUAUAAUUUAGUUUAUGAUAAUCAAGGUUCCCAAGCUUUGUAAACUGCUGAUUCUUGUUGUGUUGACAUUUUUCU